GCACAUCUUCACAGGUUGCACUCGGGCGUCUGCGCUGCGUUUCUGCAGGAUUCUCAUUGCCGUACUGCCAGCAACAGAUAUGAGGGCCUGCUUGUCAUUCAUUUUCUUCUUGGGAACAACUUUUGUCCUGUCUGUUAAAAGUACAUCUCAUGGUAAACAACAUGAACUCCAGAAGACCACUCAUACAACCAAAGAAAAGGAUCUUAUCACAGAAGAGGCCAACAAGCCGCAGGUUUUUCCCACUUUAUUCCCAUAUGAGUCCAGCAGCCUGGGCCAGGAAGAUGAAGAAAUGAGCUCUGAGGAUAACUCUAACACUAAGAAGGACGAUGAAGAAGUGACCAAAAAGAAAAUGGGAAGCACUGCAGUCUUGUUGAGUGAGGAAGAACUGGUGGACCUCCUUGAGAAAGAGGCAAAAGAAGAGGAGGAAGCAGAAGAAAGAGAGGCUGCAGGGGCCACAGAAGAUGAAGAAACCUUCAGGGAGGACAAGAUGUUGGCUGACAGCUUGGAGGCAGAGAAAGAUCACAUGGAAAAGAGGGAUGAUGUUAAAAAAGAAGAAGAAGAGGAAGAGAUCAUGAAAGUGUCUCUUGAUCAAAAGGUGGAAAAGGCUGCAGGCAUGAUGACCACCAGAACUGAGCAGGUUGGAUUGUUGGAGGAAGCAGAGGGCAGCACAGACUCAGAACUUCCUGUUGACCUUGAUUAUGCUGCUGAUGGUCAAAUCCUCCAUCCUCUGCAGGCUGAAUCAGCGAUAGUCAACCUCACUGCACAGGAUCUUCCAGGUGUCAAAAAGGAGGAAGACAAUGAAGAAGAGCAGCUCAGUCCAAAUGAUGGCAAUGAUCCAGACACGCAGUCCUCGGAGGCAGGAGUCCAUGAGGAAAUGUCACAUCAGCACCAAGAGUCAUCACUCAAAUCUGAAGAAAUAAACAUCAGCAAGAGAAAAACUGAAGCACACGAGGAUCGGCAGGAACUAAAGAGCAGCACAACACUUACAGCAGCUUCACACAUGUCUGAAAAAGAGGAAGAGAAAAGCAAGAACGAGAGUGAAGCUCCAACAGAGAGAAAGACGAGGAGGUUGAAGAAAAACCAGAGAUCCAAGAAGCACUCCCCUCAGAGGAACGAAACACUUCCUGCACAAGAACAGAACCAACAAGAACCUCAGGAGUUGGAGGUCAGCAGCACUGAGAGCCCAGGCCUAAAGACAAAGAAGAGACGGGCAGGAAAAUGGGGUCCUUUAGUUGGUGUGAAUCCUGUUCAGAUCAGAGCUUCGGUGGAUUUAUAUCCCAAGACUUCUUUUGGCAGAGACGAACGCCUCACAAAAACACCGACUGAUCCAUGCGACAGUUUCCGUUGCAAGCGUGGGAAAACAUGUAAACUUGCUGCAGAUGGUAAGCCCGAGUGUGCGUGUCAACAACCAUCAGAAUGUCGGCCCAGCAUUAACGAGUUUGAUCAUGUUUGUGGGACAGACAACAAAACGUACGAUACGUCAUGUGAGCUCUUCGCUACCAAAUGCAACUUGGAGGGCACAAAGAGAGGCCACAAACUUCAUUUGGACUACACCGGCCCGUGCAAAUUGAUACUUCCAUGCGUGGACAACGAGCUGGUCCAGUUUCCCCUACGAAUGAGGGACUGGCUGAAAAAUGUGCUGCUACAGCUUUAUGAGCACGACUCCUCGAAACCUGGGUUCCUCACAUCGAAACAGAGAUUCAGAGUGAAGAAAAUCUUUGAGAAUGAGAGGCGCCUUCAUGCUGGAGAUCACCCUGCUGAACUGCUUGCGCAGGACUUUGAGAAGAACUACAACAUGUACAUCUACCCCGUGCACUGGCAGUUCGCUCAGCUGGACCAGCACCCGUCAGACAGGUUCUUGUCCCACUCGGAGUUGGCCCCGCUCAGGGUCCCUCUUGUGCCGAUGGAGCAUUGCACGUCUCGUUUCUUCCAGGAGUGCGACGCUGACAAGGACAAGCAGGUGUCCUUCAAAGAGUGGACCUCCUGCUUCGGUAUCAGAGCUGAUGAUAUGGACGCCAACCUUCUUUUCUGA